GCCAGCGGCUGACCCGCGGCGCCUUCCGCGGGCCGAGGCGCGCCCUCCGCUUCCGAGCAGGCGCAGCCGGCAGCGGCCGGGCUGGGCAAGCGCCGAGUCGGCGGGAGCGGGCGGGGAGGCGGCCGGAGCCUCCUGCGGCCGCGGCGGGGAGCGCGGGGCCGGCCGCGGGCCAGGGGUGCCGCCGGGGGCGGGGAGGCGCGCACACUCCGCGCACACGCGCAGCCCGCCGGGCGCGCCCCGGGCCCUCGGCCCUCUCGGGAGGCGGCAGCAGGCAGAGCGGCCGCGCGGGCACGGUGAGAUCCAGGACAUCUAGGGUAUUUUAUUUUGUUUUAAUCACUAAGUCACGAAGACUGCAAACAUGUCACUGGAAGAUAUCCACAUCAACACCCAGGACUUGCUUGAAAAGCAGCAAUUAGAUGCUGGAGGUUUCGGAACAAUUUCUUUAUGCUUUCACAAGAAACAUGGAUAUGUGGUAUUAAAAACAGUGUAUACAGGACCCCAGCGCACGGAAUAUAAUGCUUCCCUCCUUGAAGAAGGCAGGAUCAUGCACAAACUGCAGCAUGACCGUGUGGUGAAACUACUAGGUAUAAUUUUGGAAGAUGGAAACUACUCACUUGUAAUGGAGUAUGUGGACCGUGGAAACUUGAUGAAAGCUCUACAGAAACUUUCCAUGCCUUUAUCAGUGAAAGGGCGUUUUGUGCUGGAGAUCACAGAAGGAAUGCUUUAUCUACAUGAGCAAGGCUUAGUACAUAAAGACCUAAAACCAGAAAACAUCCUUGUGGACACAGACUUCCACAUUAAGAUUGCAGAUCUUGGUGUUGCCUCCUUUAAGAACUGGAGUCGGCUGACCAAAGAAGAAACUGUCCGACAGAAGCAAAUCAAGAGCACUUCCCAGACCAAUGCUGGGACUCUUUUCUAUAUGGCCCCAGAGCACUUAAGUUCUCUUAACGUAAAACCUGUGGAGAAGUCAGACGUUUACAGCUUUGGCAUAGUGGUGUGGGCAAUUUUUGCUGACAAAGAGCCGUAUGAACAUGGUAUAAAUGAAGCUCAGAUUUGCUUUGGCAUCAUUAAUGGAAACAGACCUGACAUAAAAGAGGUUAUUACAAAAUGUCCAAAAGAAAUUAUUGACUUAAUGAAACAAUGUUGGGAGCAAGAGCCAGAGAAACGGCCAACCUUUGCAGAAAUUUGUCAAAAAUACAAGCCUUUUUACUAUCAAAAAUUAGAAAAAAAUGUUGAAGAUGAUCUGAAAAAGAUAAAAAAAAUGUGGCCUGAGUCAAAUGAACUGCUGAGCAGGAUGCAGUCCCUUCAAAUAGAUGCUGUAGCAGAAGAUACCAGUAAUGGUCAAGCAGAUCAGCCUAAUUCUCUACACAGCUCUCAGGGUCCCAUGACCAGCCAGGUGAACGAAGCCUUGUUUGCUGCCUCCUCUGGGAACCAGCCUGUAGAGAGCUGUGAGACCUCAUUUGCGUCCACUGAGAGUCUGGAAAGAAAACUUCAACAUGAAUACAACUACCAUGUAUUUGGCAACCGGAUGGAUAAAUCAGAAAUUCCACCUCUAGUAUACACCCCUGAAAUGAGAGAGGAGGAAAGGAGACGAAGAGUUUCCUAUGAUCCAUUUGCAAAGCCAUCUCCUACUCCGCAAAGGAGUGAACUCUAUCCAAGAGGUGAUAACUCAGGCUCAAACGCUAAUUCUUAUUUUCAGCCACAGCCAGCUGCAACACCACCAACAUGGGGAAAUUUAGAUAACUUUUAUGGGCCAAACCCUAUGAGUUUCCUAGCAGGAAACAUAGAGGAUCGCUAUGGAUCAUGUUCAGCCAGUUCAUUUAGUCUAAAUAAACCUCCUGUGCCUGAAUCUGGCCCAAACCUGAAGUCAAAGAGCACUGUAAAUUGGCAUCCAAAGAAUGCAGACACAGAUACAGGUAACAAGGAUUCCACUUCUUUCACGAGGGGAACUUUUACAUAUUAUCCUAAUGCACCUCAGUUACCCAGAAUAAACACAGAAGAUUCUAUCAAAUACAACAUAAGUAACAGUACUGGAAUUCAAAUCGGAUCCUACAAUCACAUGAAGAUUGAAGAGCAGAAUCAGCACGUUAGCACUUCUUCUGUCGUCGCAGAAACAUCUUAUUCAUAUUAUGAAGGAAUGGGUAUAUUUGACAAUAAUACUGUCCUCUCUGAGAAGCAUCUGAAUCUAGUGAGAGAAAAGUUGGCUAAACAGUGGAAACACUGUGCUCGUAAACUGGGCUUUUGUGAUCCAGAGAUUGAUGAAAUUGACCAUGACUAUGAACGAGACGGACUGAAAGAAAAAGUAUACCAAAUGCUGCUUAAGUGGGUAAUGAGGGAAGGCUCCAAAGGCGCCACAGUUGGAAAACUUGCCAAAGCCCUCUUUGGCUGCCGAAGACUGGAUCUCCUUACUAGUCUGAUGCAAAUGAAUGAGGAGCAGGUUGACUGAGAACUGGUGGAAAAGGAGGGUAUUUUUUCCUGAAGACUUUCCAUAGGAAGUAAUAAUUCUGAACAGACUUUCUGGAGCUUCCCCGUUUUGCAUGGACUCUUCCUUUUUGGAACAGAUUUUUCUGCCAAGCAGUUUUCAGCGAAGACCUCCAGUAACUCAAAAUAUUUAUGUCAAGAUAAUUAGGUCUUCCAGGGGAUAAAAGAAAAUAGGCAUUUUCAUGUUGAUUAAAAUGAUUGUACUAAGAUGACAACAACAACACAAUUCCAUAGUGACAUAAUAAUACUGAUUCAAGGAGAAUGUGUAUUUCUUUUAUACAACAUUUUUAGACUUCUGUCUUGAAACAUGCUGGUACCCUUGUUCGGUUCAGUUCUGAACAAAAGCCUGUCAUUUCAGCAAAGCUAACAUAGCCAUAAGAAUAUGUCAAAGACAGGCUUCACUGUUUGAAAGCCUUGGGCGGAAAGCAAAAUUAACUCUUAAUUUUGUCUAAGUGCCAAUGCUUACAAGAAUACUAGCCCAGAUUGCUGUAGGAUAGGAUAUUAUUUUAAAAACUCUUUACGGUGUUUAUUAAGUCUCGAAAGGUCUAGAACUGUGCAGAACAUUAGUAUGAACAAAAGCAAAAACGAUUUUUGGCUAAGGAAGCAAGGGCAUAAUUAACAAAAAUACUUUUCGUUCACAGGAUACUGUUCAAUUAAUCUUGCGUUAGAUUUGACAUUGCUUAUUGGAGAAGAUUUGGCAUGAUAAAUCUCUGGUCUGUUUUAUGAAA